CACACACACACACACACACACACACACACACGACAGUCUCUCCCCCUGCCCGCAGGAAUCCGGACACAGGGCUGGCAAAGCACAGGGAGAUCUUGGGGACUGGCAGGGAAUUGGGGAGGGUGAGUAGGGGGCAUCUUUCACAUCCCAAGCGCAACCCAGCAUCCCUCUGCCUGACCCAGUCCGAUUCUUGUUAAUCACUUCUAGGCUCCCCAGGAAAUAACCUUGAGGAGAGACUCUACGCUCUCCCCCACCUCCAGUAUUCCUUCCCAUCAACAGAUAGCCUAGUACUGGUCAGAAACCAGGAUUCAGGUGGGCAUUGUCUGGAAUGAAAGCAGGGUCGCUCCCCCGCUGACCAGACACCUUGAGAAAGAACCCGGUGGAAACAGAGAUCCCAGGAUUAGGUUUAGGAUGUGGCAGUGAAAAGCGUUCGCUGGCUUGGGGGCUAAGCACCUCAAGGCUCCCUUAUUUCUAGUUUAUUUGCACACUGUGGUGGGAUGGGUGGUGGAUGUGGAAGUCCUUAUUUGUGUCUUUCUGCACAUGAGUAGCUGUCAUUAGUAUUGACCUGCCCUGUGUGUGCCCAUCUGCAUAUGCAAACAAGCCCUGGGGUUCCUGCUUUUCCAAAUCCAGCUGUUGGAAAAAGUGGCUAUAGCCGCAAGCAGUUGGGAAAGGUACAAACUGGAGGGGAGGGAUUCAAGGGGAGGGCAGAGAACCAUCUGCAGAGUUUGGCUGCCCAAAGGGUGCGGCAGACUCUGGGGUUUGCCCCGCCCCAGGAUAGCUGGGGAGCUGGACACUGGAGCCACUCUCACGUUCUGUCUGGGCGGCACAAGGGCUCUAUUAAUGCUGAGUGCCCUAGUGGGCAGCUAAGAACCACUAGGUCCGACGGCAAUCCCUGCAGGGUCUUAGGCGCCAGGCAAGGCCCAGGGGACUAGGCAGGAGAAGGAGGGAGAGGAGGGAUGGGGAGGGUUGGGGUGGAUCUCAAACUUCAGGAAAAGUCCCAGAAAUACAAGCCCUUUGGCCGCACCCCUUUCUCCAACCCCAGACUCGGACCCAUACACACAUCCCGGCACCUUCCCACUAUCUGCGUCCUUCCAGCAGGUCCUGACUCAGGAUUCACCUAGGGAAGGAUCUAGAGAGGAAGGAAUCUGGGGUCCGUUAAGAGGCAUCUAGGACCCGUCGCAUCCCACCCCCAGCCCGUCCAGUAAGAGGCAUACUGCCAGCUCUGUUGAAGGGUGGGAUAGGAAAGAGAAAAGGCAAAGGAAAGGGGUUCAGAGAUGAACUGAGCCAGGACAGUUGGGCACAGCCCUUGGGGCUCCCCCCUAUCCUGGGAGGAGACGCAUCUCCAGACGCGAGGGGGUUAAGCCUCGACAGCUCCACGUAGGAAGUUGGCUCCUGAUGCCGUCUGCGGUCUGGGAUCCUGCAUAUAUAGGGCGGGGACCUCAACUGAUUGCAGGACUCAGCUCCACCAGUUUAUCCCUCGGUUCUCGCACUUCAAUGACCAUGGCUCCCUUAGCUCACCUGGCUGGCUUCUGCCUGCUGCUAGUCGGCCUCCUGCCUUCCCUGCAGGCCUGCCCCCAGAACUGCCACUGCCACGGCGGGGACCUACAGCAUGUCAUCUGCGACAACGUGGGGCUGCGCAAGAUCCCCAAGGUGUCUGAGAAGACCCGGCUGCUGAACUUGCAGCGCAACAACUUCCCGGUGCUGGCGGCUAAUUCCUUCAAAGCCACCCCGGCCCUGGUCUCCCUGCAUCUCCAGCACUGCCAGGUGCGCGAAGUGGCCGCCGGCGCUUUCCGAGGUCUCAAGCAGCUCAUCUAUCUGUACCUGUCCAACAAUGACAUUCGGGUGUUGCGCAACGGCGCCUUUGACGACCUCAGCGAGCUCACCUACCUCUACCUGGACCACAACAAGGUGAGCGAACUGCCUCGGGGAUUGCUCUCCCCUCUAGUCAACCUCUUCAUCCUUCAACUGAGCAGCAACAAGAUUCGAGAGCUGCGCCCAGGGGCCUUCCAGGGCGCCAAGGACCUGCGCUGGCUCUACCUGUCGGACAAUGCCCUGAACACCCUGCAGCCUGGAGCCUUGGACGACGUGGAGAACCUUGCGAAAUUCCACCUGGACAAGAAUCAAUUGUCCACUUACCCCACUGCUGCCCUGAGCAAGCUGAGAGUGGUGGAGGAAUUAAAAUUGUCUCACAACCCACUUAAAGUCAUCCCAGACCAAGCCUUCCAGUCUUUUGGACGAUAUUUGGAGACCCUCAUCCUGGACAACAUGAACCUGGAGAAGUUCUCUGAUGGUGCUUUCUUGGGUGUGACCACCCUAAAACAUGUCCACCUGGAGAACAACAGGUUGAGCCAGCUGCCCUCUAAUUUCCCUUUUGAUGGUUUGGAGACACUGACCCUGAGCAACAAUCCUUGGAAGUGUACGUGCCAGCUCCAUGGCCUUCGAAGGUGGCUGGAGGCCAAGGCUUCACGCCCCGAUGCAACAUGUAUAUCUCCCACUAAGUUCCGAGGUCAGCACAUCCGGGAGACGGCAGCCUUCCGAGGCUGCAAAUUCCCCACCAAGAGAUCUAAGAAAGCCAGCCGCCAUUAAACAGCUGUACAGGUAGGGAGGCUGGGACUCAAUCAGUACCAAUUGAGCCUACCCUGGCCUCCCACUUGAGGACCUCAGAUCAGUAACAUCCACGGAGUAAAUAUCAACAUUGCCUAACUUCUGAAAAAACAUUCUCAGCACUCAGCAGUUGACCCCCACAGAGAAGGACUCUCACCUCAGACCAAUGGGGAAUGAAGAGGAAAUCAGUGAGGAGCAAGAAAUCAGGGAGGGAUCUGCAGAUUCAACAUUUGUGAGGUCACAAUUUGAAAGUCAUUCCCAAUUCAUUCCACUUAAUACCCUAAACCCCACCCACAUUAACUGAAGCAAGUGUAAAAAUGUGAUGCAAGAGAGCUCCCCUAAAAAGUGCAUGGGUUUUACCACUGAAUAAACAAGAACCCAAGGCUGUUGAUUGGGGAGAGCCCAGUGGAAGGGAUGACUUCUUUCCCUCUCCCACGUCCACCUCAGGCCUGAUGAUCUUAGCAGGCUAUAGAGGGUCCUAACCUCUUGGGGCCCCAGAGGGAUAGCUGUCCUGACUCCAAUCAGAAGACAGGCAGGCCAGACCGAGCUCAGCAGCCCUGGCCAGGAUGGAGGAAAGAAGCAAAGGGGGAAGAUGGGAGAAGGGGCAUAAGAAACUGCGGACUUCGGGCACGGAAAGGUUGGGGGAGACGACAGUUUCAGAACACGCUGGGACCAGAGGACAGAGCAUCCCAAGGGGAUCGCAGAAUACCCCGCCAUGGGUUGGAGCUUCGCAGCUCCCCGCGACCCCAAGUGCCCCCGGACUAUUUGCCUCCUACAUACCGGGCCACCCCAAAACCGCCCCCCAUCUCCAUCCCCAGCUC